AUGGAUGAUGGGGAUUGGGACGAGUUCUGGGCGGAGCUCGACAUCGAUCCCGACAAUGACUUGAAAAGCUCUCUGGAAUUCGAUCCAUUCUCACUUGAGGAGUGCCAUAGGGUCGACAGCGAAAAUAUAUUCUACCAGCCCUUGGCAGAGGACGAGAUCCGCUUGCUCACCGUCUGGCCUGGGUCCUUUGGCGAUGCAGUCCGUUGCAGCCUCGCUGUCACGACAACGACUCGGGGCUAUGAGGAGUACGAUGCCAUCUCUUACACUUGGGCAGGCGACGACGAUAUCAUUGACAAGUCCGGCCGGGUCUCUAUUGCUUCGGAAGAUUUCCCAGUCACUCCGAACUGCGAGGCCGUACUCAGGCGGGUUCGGCAAGAAUGGACACCGAGGAUAGUGUGGAUCGACGCUAUCUGCGUCAACCAGGAUGAUCUUCACGAACGAGGACGCCAAGUCAGCUUGAUGCCGCAGAUAUACUCACGCGCACGAGAAGUCAUCAUCUAUGUGGGAGAGGCAACUAGUGAUAUACCGGCACUGUUCAAACACCUCACCUGGGCUCAGCACAACUCGACGCCGGGCAACCGAGAAGAGACCCAGGAAGCUUUGGUGAGAUUCCUCAGUCGUCGGUACUUUUCGCGGGCGUGGGUCAUCCAAGAAGUUGCACUGGCAAGACAGGCAACUCUCAUUUGCGGAAGCCACACAUUGUCAUGGUCGUUGGUCCACGUGAACAACUUGGCCGCUCGCGGUCUUUUAUCAGGCUUAGUAUCAGAGGACGGGAGAAUACCACGAUUGCAAGCGCUACCUCCAGUAAUCCAGUUCAAGGCGCCGGCCUUUAGAACCACCGGCGACCUCCUCCGCCUCCUGGACUUAGCUCGUAACAGUCGGGCAGCAGAUCCACGCGACAAGGUCUUUGCCGUAUUCGGGUUGAUCACCUGCCCUGAGAGCGAGGGCUUUUCAGCAGACUACACCAAAACACCCGCAGAGGUCUUCACAUCGACUGCUCUAUGGAUAGCUCAGAGGUUCGGCCUGCCGGCCCUUCUUGCGAGGGCUGUCGAUGUUGUCCGGCGUGUGCCUGUGAGCGAGGCAGUCGUAUUGGAUUCAGCAUGGAUACCCAACUGGACGGAGGACACAUUCCAAAGUCCGGACUCGUUGAUUCCUCAGCUCAGGAGAGAGUAUCGCUCGGUGUCUAAGGUGGCAGGGUUGCCGAUUACGGUGUCCCAGAGAGACCCCGGCGCGAUCCGGUUCCCUACAUUCAAACUUGGACGCAUUAUUGACGAAAUUUUGGCGUACGACAAAGAAUCCUACGAGUCGUUCUCCAAAAAUGUGAUAGGUCGAGCGAAGGAUGUGCAUAUUCCUCCCCCGCCAUGGGUGUUUAAGAUCUUUGGCGACUAUAUCGAUGGGAGGAGAACUGCCGAGACGUAUUCAUUCGUAUUUCUAAGGAACGACAGAGAUUUCCCUGGUCUGGCGAGCGAGGCGUAUUCACGGUGUGACAAUGGCUUUCCGAUCACGUUCAAGACUUUAGAGGCUUACGCGGGCUGGAACAAGGCCAACAUUUACCUUUUGCCAGAGCCAGACGACUACGGGAAGUUUCAAUUUACCCACCCGGGAACUGUCUCCGUCUUUGCGAACGGGAAAUCCCUCACGUGGCUCCAUGAGAGACCGAACGGGAGGACAACGAGGGGCAGAUUCAGCAAGUAUGCAGUUUUCUGCGCGGCCGAUGGGGUUGAUGGGCCAGAGCGAAUACAAGGACUUUUGUACAUGGAUGGGACUUCCCACAAAGGCGUAUGGAAAACGGGAGAAUUUACACUGGACGUUUUUACCAAUGGCGGCAUUUCAAGUUGCUUAAGCUGUGGCUCCGUUCAGACCGAACCGGAUCUAUCGUCAUCUGGUGAUGAGGACAUCUACCACAACAUCUACCAGACUCUGAACAACACGAAAGAUAUACGGCUUCUCACUUUGGAACCUGGUGAAUACGAAGACCCACUCAAUGGAAAUCUUCACCUGACGACCACCUCCGGCUUCCUGCGAUACGAUGCCAUAUCUUACACCUGGGGCGGUGAAGACGAACAAAUGGAACGCAGCGGAUCCAUUAUGCUGAACUCUCGAAGGUUUCUAGUGACACCGAACUGUGAAGCAGCUUUGAGGCGUGUUAGAAGCCAGGGUAGCAAAAAAACCAUUUGGAUCGACGCUAUUUGUAUCAACCAAGAUGACCUGCAGGAGAGGGGCCAUCAAGUACGCCUGAUGCAGCAAAUCUACUCUCGCGCGGACCAUGUGCUUGUCUACCUUGGUGAGUCGAGUCCCAAAGAGGAUGACUUGCUGAACUUCCUUUCUGGCCAAUCUCUGCGGGUAUCUGAGGACACCGAUCUGCAUCUACUACUGCAGGCGGCGUUAUGUAGGCUCUUCAGACGACGAUAUUUCUCUCGAGUCUGGGUCCUCCAGGAAGUUGCUUUGGCGAGACAGGCAACACUUAUUUGUGGAAGACACUCAAUACCAUGGUCUCUGAUGGAGAUUCCUAGACUGGGUCACAUCGGAUUAUUGGAUUAUUCAAAAGACGAUGGAUACUUCCUGGGCAUAUCCGGCCUGGACCGACUGCCUCCGGUCCUGGAACUUCGCGCGCCCGCGUACGGGAACCCCAAGGGGCUGCUUGGGCUGUUGGAGGCAACUCUUGGCAGCCGGGCAUCGGACCCACGGGACAAAGUCUUCGCACUUUUCGGCUUGCUGACUUGCCCAGAGAGCGACGGGCUUGUGGCUGAUUAUACGAAAACGACGGCAGAGGUAUACACGUCAGUCGCUAUCUGGAUCGCACAAAACUUCGGCCUGCCGUCAUUACUCAGCAGAACCUGCGUUCUGCAGCAGCGUCUAGCUGUCGAGCAUCAGUUACCACAAUGGGUACCUAACUGGGCGUAUGAUGGCCUCCAGCGGCUGGACUGGGGGCUGACGUACGAGCAAGAAUCAGAGGGGCUAGCUAGGCUGCCUGUGUCUGUAUGCAUGCGAGACACCACUGCAAUCAAGUUUCCUGCGCUUCUAAUGGGAACAGCUGCUCAAGUAUUGCUCCUCGAAAACCUCACCGACUAUUCAGUCUUUGUACCUACUCCCAGCACCGACGGGAAUUGCUUUAGCGCAAUGAGCAGGGAGUUUUUGAUCAAGACAAUGGGCAGGCUGUAUAGAACGAAGGCAUCAGGGGAGGAUUAUAUAACUAAGGCGAUGGGCAAAGAAUAUUACGUGACCUGGAACGGCCCUUUCAUCCAUUUUAUACAUCUGAAUUACGGCGUAAAUAGACAGAAGACAGAUGACGGCCAAGCACACGAACAGGACGGGCCUAGCCACUCAGCAAUCGCCGAGGAUACCACGGAGGUUAACUCAUGGAUCAGAGAUCUGGUCUAUCUCAUUCCACAGCCACGCGAUGAUGGAUUUGAUUUCACUGAGCCAGGCUGUUAUGCUGCUCGGAACAUCAUGAGGGUGGUAGCACCCGAAUUUAUUUGCGCGGGUUGUUGA